UUCAUAUUAUCUGAGUGAUUUCCAAAGCACUAUCUAGAAACUGUACUUUCAAAGUUUCAUUUCUCUACUUUUGGAUCGAUGUUUGUUCCAUCAUGAUGAAAUCAGUCUUUGUUUCAUCGUUACUUCUAUUUUCAUCUCUACAUCUUCUUGGUGUAAGCAAAGGCGUUGCUGUUUCAAAGGAAGAUCCACAUGAUGAAAAUUCUGCCGAGAAUGCCCCAACAGAAGAGGACAAAAUCUCUCAAAUCGGAAAACAGAUUUUGUUUCUUCAGGAAUCUGUUGCUGAGAUCACCAGUUCUUUUUCAACUCUCAAGCUCAUCGCAGAGAAUCCAUCAGUGUUGGCAAAGAUUCAUGUUCCAAACGUCCUCGAAACCGAACUGGGAGAAGCUACUCAGAAACGACUCCGAAGAGAGCUGGACUCGCCAUCGACCCUUCCGACAUCGUUCCCAUCUUCUGAUCAGACAAACCAACUGGGUUUGAACCACUUUGGACCGUACUCAUGGCCAAUGUAUUCUGGUCAGUGUUUUCUGUGUCCUGCUGGUGUGCCAGGACAACGAGGUCCUCCAGGUCCACAGGGUGUCCCAGGCAGAGACGGUAGAGAUGGUAGAGAUGCUCCCACAGAUCAUGCGCAUGAAACGGGUACCCAAACAAGCCCAACAGAACCUAGCAGUAAUCCAGAAGUGCGUCCUGUAGGUAACAUGACGAGUCUUCCUGGUGCCAUCUAUAUUCGCUGGGGAAACGAUGAAUGCCCGUCAGGAGCAGAACUCAUAUAUUCAGGUACAAUUGGAGGUGCGCAUUAUACCCAUGCUGGUAGUGGCUCGAAUCAUCUAUGCAUGCCAGAUGAGCCUAUCUACGACGAAGUAGAAACUUCUUUACAUGCUGAACGUGCUCUCUUGUACUCUUCAGAAUUCGAAGUCAGCACAGGUCCGUCACGCAUCCAGCCAAAGCAUGACCAUACCCCGACAUGUGCAGUCUGCAGGGCGCCCUCUGGCCGUCCGACCAAACUGAUGAUUCCUGCCCGGAAUGUGUGUCCAUCUGAAGACUGGCGUUUGGAGUACGCUGGGUACAUCAUGUCUGAAAAAUACACACAUAAGAGAUCGGAAUUUGUGUGUGUGGAUCGAGAGAUGGUUCCUAACUCAGGAACCAAUGGAAAUCAAAAUGGCGUACUCUUGUACUUAACAGAAAUCCGAUGUUUGGUGGGAGGUGGCUUGGAUUGUGGGCCAUAUAUCGAUGGUUACGAAAUCACAUGCGCAGUUUGCACUAUCUAAAUACAUUUUUUCUGCAUAGACAACUAUAAUUCGUUUCAUUCUGAUUUUGUAUAUAUUACAGUUACAAAGAACUUAAAUCAAUUUAAGACAUUAUUAACACAACCGUAGCCAUUAAUCACAGUAUGAUGUACCCAUCUUUUAUCCAGUCAUUGAUUGCAAGAAUCUAAAUUGGAAAUGUAAAAUUUGGAAUUGUAAAAAUAAUGUUUGAUUUAUCUCUUUAUUCCAAGAGAUGCUUGAGUUUCCAUGGCGAAGAAGAAUACAGUGUACACCGUAAAACCUACUAUGCUUGGAACAACGUGUUGUAACGAAGUGAAAGGUUUAUUUAAUGUUUAAUCCCGGGGGGGCACUUCCAUUCACGAUUGGAUACCAUGCGCGACCAUGGUUUCUCGAAAAGCACCCU